AUGGAAGUACUGUUACGGGCAAGAGGGAAAAGGAAAAUCCCACUAGACGAACUAGUCGCUCGACUGGCUCUAGUCUGGUCGAUUCUCGAUUGUAGGCCACGACGAGAGGUGACUGACGCGAGGGGCCACCUUGUUGCUCGGUUGAGGCGAGCCAAAUCCGGCGGUCAGCGGCCACCGUCGAUCUCUCUCUCCCUUCCUUUCCUCUCGUCACCGCCGCCGCCGCCGCCAUGCUCCGCCUCCGAAGCCGCAUCCUCGCCCACCUCCUCUUUUCUCCCGCCACCUCUCCCCACCGCUCCCCUCAUCCAGCCGCCUCGCACUCCACAGUCCACACUCCGCCGCCUCCUCCUCUCCGCGGCCGUUCCCCCACGCACCGGAUUCGCGGUACAAGAGUACCUCGUCGAGACCUGCGGCCUCACCGAAGCCCAGGCACUCAAGGCCUCGGCGAAGCUCUCCCACCUCAAGUCCCCCUCCAAGCCAGACGCCGUCCUCGCCUUCCUCGCAGGCCUCGGCCUCUCCACCGCCGACAUCGCCGCCGUCGUCCCCAGGGACCCGCGGUUUCUCUGCGCCGGCGUUGAGAGAACCCUGGCCCCCAACGUCCUAGGGCUUGCCGGCCUCGGCCUGUCACGCUCGCAGAUCGCGCGCCUCUUCUCGCUCGUCCCCGGCGAAUUCCGCCGUAGAUCCAUCGUCUCCAACCUACCAUACUACCAGUCUCUCUUCGGCUCCUACAAGAACCUCCUCCGGGUGCUCAACCGGAACAACUCUCUCCUGGGAUGCAGCCUCGACAAGGUGGUCAAGCCCAAUGUCGCCUUCCUGCGGGAGUGCGGGCUAGGUGAUUGUGAUAUCACCAAGCUGUGCUGCAAGAACACGUGGAUUCUUAGCAAUAACCCAUAGCGCGUCCGGGCGAUGGCGGCACGUGCGGAAGGUUUAGGCGUGCCCCGCUGCUCUGGAAUGUUCAGAGAAGCGCUGAUGGCUGUUGCAACCAUGAGUCAGGAGAUGAUUGCCGUGAAAGUGAAUUACCUCAAGAACACAUUCAGGUGGUCAGAAGCUGAGGUGUCCAUUGCUGUUAGUCGUUCUCCGAUGGUGCUGGUGAGGUCUAAUAACAUGCUGCGGAGCAAAUCAGAGUUCCUUAUCUCUGAGGUGAGGUUGGAACCGGUAUACAUUGCUCAUCGACCAGUAAUUCUUGGGCUCAACCUGGAGGGCCGGCUCAGGCCCCGACACUAUGUUAUGAGAUUUCUUAAGGCAAAUGGAUUGCUAGACUGCGACAGGAGCUACUUUUCUGCCUUCAUGGUGACCGAGAAGGUAUUCGUGGAGAAGUACAUAUGCCCUUACAAGGAAGUUGCACCACACCUUGCUGAAGACUAUGCUGACGCUUGCAGAGGGCAAGUGCCAACUAGAUUUAGAAUUGCAUGAACCAAGAAUGGGCUAUGAGAAUCGGUAACUGUGUAUGGUGCAAAAAAGUUUAUGCUCUAAUUAGUGAGCUGGCAAUUUCUGUCUCAGUGUUCUUUGCAUGUCUGGAUGUUAGUUAUCUGCUAUAGUAUGUCUGGUACAUGUUAAUUUUGUGUUGCUAAUCCUGGAUGAAACUGAUAAUAUGAUUGUGAGUCCUUGUAUGCCCAUUACAUCAUUCAGUAGAGAAAGAAAUCAUCGCAUUGUAAUGAAAUUGUCCAUUCUCAUGUCAAACCAUCUACGAGAGUGCGAGACCAGGGCACUCUGCAAAUACUUUCCAAGUAUCACUGAAGAGCUUAUCUGCAUGCUCUAUAACUUUAUUCUCAGUGACCAUUGCAGCUUUCAAUGCACAGUAUUAUGAUAGGAGAUUAACCUCAUUGGUUCUGAAUGAGACGCAGAUGAAUUUUCAUGGCUACGGGUGGACAGUGGCGAAGGGAGCAGGCCCGCGAGAGGGCAGGGUGGAGAGCGGGGUAGCCAGCUGAGCUGGGAAAUCUUGCUGUCGCAGGUCGCCUUCUGUGGCUGCAGCCAAGGGUUGCCGUCUCCUUGGUGUCCGAUGGGGAGCUCGACCAGUUCCCAGCAGGCAGAAUAGACGAGCAGAUGCAAGGAUAUGAUGCAUGGAGGGCAUUGGCUAACCACAGUCGUGUUGGCUAACCACAGUCGUGUUGGUAUCGAUUUGCUAUGUUGUCUCAAGACUGCCCUGCCCCUUGUGUUAAGAGUAAAAAGAUGUGACGAACCCUUAAAGUUCUGGGAGGAGUCUGAUCCCAAAGACAACCUCCUCUCGUGCACCAACAUGAUGAAUUUCCGUGAGUUCGUGGGAGACCCAGGCGAGGUUGGCUUCCUGGAGUUCUUCGAGAUCGGGCGGGCGCCGGAGACCGCAUCUGUUUCCAUGGCCAAUCCAUGGAAACAAGGCAAGGAAAUCCUGGCAAAUGGUUGUCCUUGGCAGUGCAGAUUUUUCUUGCCGAGUCAUCAUUUCCUGAAAAUCUCAUGGUACCACGCAGCAAGCGGAGGUCAAAACAAGUCGGGGAUUCCAGCUUGCAUUCAUUCAGCAAAAAAUCUAAACUAAAAUUAGUGAAAAGUCACCCUCAACUUUCUUGCUCUGAAAAUUAGCAUGCAACAAGUUAGUGCUGGCCAGGAGGUACAUGCAGAAGAUAAGCAAAGAGUUGUAGAGAAAAUCUUAAAAGAGUCCCUGCCUUGUAGAGAAUGAAGGGAAUAAGUGCGAAAUGACGUUGAAAAUCAAAGCGAUUUGUUUUUUUAA